AUGGAUUGCCAGGCUCUCCAUGGGCUUGCGCUGCAAUUUUGCAUACAGACGUCCGGGCAGGCCUAUCAGGCAGCUCUUGAGCGAGUCCGCAAGCUAAACAGGGAGCAUUUCCUCAAUGGGACGAAGGAAGAGGACAAGAUUCCACAAGAGCAGCUGCCUUCCGAGUGGGCCCCAAAUCCGUGGGCGAGCGCAUCCCUCUUUGCGACGAUCUCCCUGCAUGUCUUUUUCCAUCUUGUCUGCCAUUGGAAGGUCAGUUUCCGAGCCUCCAUGUUGUUCCAACCUGCUCGCAACGUUCGGGAAGGUUUCUAUGUCCAGGUCACUCCGCUGCCGCACCGUGGUCGGCCGGCUUUGGUGCCCUUGAAGUUUUGCGAGACGACCCUGCGCCUGACCUUCAUCUUCCAGCGCCAGCACUACGAGUGCCUGGAACCGGGCGAGAACGGCACGGAUCCCGACGAUGAGGUCGGUGAGGUUCAGUUGACGCCAUGUCCGGUCUCGGAGCCGCUCUCCAAGUACCUGCAGGCCACUGGCAUAGGCAAUGAUGAUGCUGAGCAUCUGAAGAGUCGCUUUGGCGACAACCUGCUGGAGGUGGAGCUCCCGAGCUUCUUCCAGUGCUACAAGGAGCAGCUUUUGUCGCCUUUGGUCAUCUUCCAGGUCUUUGUGGCCCUCAUCUGGGCAGCUGACGAUUUCUUUGGCUACACCUUGAUGCAGUUACUGUUCAUUUUGACGAUGGAGUCCACAAGUGUUUUCCAGCGGCUGAAGACGAUGAAGAUGCUCAACAGCAUGGGCACGAAAUCUUAUGGCAUCAUGGUCUUCCGAGGGGGAUCUUGGGUCGAGAAGAGCACGUCCGAUCUGGUCCCCGGUGACCUCAUUGAGCUGGUGACGGUUGCUCGUCAAGAAGGGGCCGCUGACAAGGUUGCGCCGGACAUCGUGCCGUGCGACUGCGUGCUAAUUCGGGGCGAGGCCGUUGCAAGCGAAGCCAGCCUGACUGGAGAGUCUGCGCCGCAAAUGAAGGAUGCUUUGGUUCUCGAGGACAGAAGCUUGGAUCUGCAAGGAGCAGAUCGUGUCCACUGCUUGUUCUCAGGCACCCGUAUUGUACGAGCAUCCGCAGGAAGCAACAAAGAAGUGGAUCUGGAUGCAGGUGGUGCUCCUGCAGCGUCACAGGUACCGGCAACUCCAAAUGGAGGCAGCUUGGUUUUUGUGGCUCGAACAGGAUUUGCAUCCUCGCAGGGGCAGCUUCUUCAGAUGAUCGAGUUCUCGCAGGACAAGGUCUCCGGAGAUACCAAGGAGGUAAUCAUUGCUUUGUUGAUCCUGCUGGGCUUUGCUCUCGUCGCUGCAGGCUACGUUCUGAAAGUUGGUUUGGAGAAGGGCGACAAAACCCCGCACGAGCUGCUGAUCAAGUGCGUACUCAUCCUUACGGCUGUGGUGCCAAAGCAGCUGCCGAUCCAGACAGCCAUGGCGGUCAAUACGGCCCUGAUGGCCCUCUCUCGGACGGGAGUCUACUGCACUGAGCCAUAUCGAGUGCCUCUUGCGGGCAAGUUGACACAUUGCCUUUUCGACAAGACCGGCACUCUCACCACCGACACUUUGGUGCCUGUAGGCGUGGUAAAUGCCAGCAGCCAGCCUGAGAAGGACGGCCACCAACAUCCUCCGAAGGUGAAGGUCUCCGAUGCAGAUGCAGCAGCAGCACUUGUACUGGCGGCUUGUCACUCCCUGGUCCACGUUGAUGGCAAGCUUUCAGGAGAUCCCAUUGAGGUCGCCGCUCUCCAAGGCGUUGGUUGGGCCUAUGAUUCACAGGAGGAAACUGCCACGCCUGCGCAGAUUCCAGAUAGUGAUAGCACCGAUGCCAGCACCAGCAGUCGUGCUGGCAUCCACCGCACACGGAUUUUGCAGCGUUUCCAUUUCGCUUCGCAGCUGCAGCGAAUGGCUGUGGUUGCAGAGGUCUCUGGUACUGAUGGUACAGCUGUGAACCUCAGCAUGAAAGGAGGUGGCGGCAACUAUGUCCUCGUCAAAGGGUCGCCGGAGGCCCUGAAGCCACUCCUGGCUGCAAAUGCUGCGCCGGGGUGGUACGACAGAUCUCACUUGGACUUAGCAGAGCGUGGUCUCCGGGUCCUCGCUCUGGCAUUCAGGCAGCUGCCGGCGGGGCAGGAAAAGUUGACACGGGAGGAGGCAGAGCGGGAGCUCGAGUUUGCAGGCUUCAUCGCCUUCGAGUGCCUCGUCCGAAAGGACUCUGGGCUCGUCGUUGGAGCUCUUCAGGAGUCUGACCACAAGGUCAUUAUGGUGACCGGCGACUCGCCACUGACGGCGCUUCACAUCGCGCGGACUUGCGGCAUCUCCCAUCCGCAUCUGCCUGGGCUGCUCCUGUCACUGCAGGCCGGAAGCCCAUCUCCUGCAUGGGCUGUGGCCACAGGUGAUCGCUGUGGUGAUUCCAUCCCUCUCACGGUUGACGGAAUCACGAAGCUGGCGAACGAGUACGCCCUCAUGGCGACAGGAGAGGCGUUGGACGCGGCCGUUGCCGUGGAGCCUGCCCUUUGGGCAAAGAUUGAUGACAUUCGAGUCUUCGCCAGAAUGACACCGCAGGGAAAGGCCAAGAUCAUCGAAGAGCUGCAGAAACAGUCAAGGCACGUACUCAUGUGCGGAGACGGCGGCAACGAUGUGGGUGCACUUAAGCAGGCGGAUGCUGGUUUGGCGCUGCUGGCUGGCUAUGGCAAUGUGAAUACUGCAGACACCAAUGACAUCGACAGUCCGUCUGAUGCAAAUGCCGUAUGCGACAAGAAGGCCGAGGAAGCCUUAAAUAAGCAAGACGCGGAAAUUGCUAAACGAAACAGACGAGCUGCCAAGGACAGGCAAGCCUUCUUGUGGGAAAAACAGAAGGAGCUUUCGAAUCACCAGAAGGAGUGGCUCGAAGAGGAGAUGCAGGCACGCGCAAAGAACGGUGAUACUGGCAUUCUCGCGCAGAUGGGAGCGAUGAAGUCAUCCAUGGGACGCUACACGGAAGAGCUGAAGAAGGUCAUGAAGGAAUAUGACAAGACUCACGGCAACGUUUACGAUCCGACCGAAAAGGAGAAACAGAAGCAGAAUCCUACUGCUGCUUUGGAGGAAGCUUCCGGUGGACUGCCCAUGGUCAGGCCUGGAGAUGCGUCCAUUGCCGCACCAUUCACGUCCAAGGCGCCUUCCGUCAAGAACUGUGUCGAUUUAAUUCGACAAGGUCGGUGCACCCUGCUGUCGGCCCUCCAGCAGCAGCAAAUCAUGAUGCUGAACUGCAUUAUCAACGCCUACGUGCUCUCGGCACUGUCCUUAGAAGGCUCUCGCACAUCGGAGAGGCAGUUGAUGGCUUCUUCCUGGCUGCUGACAACAGCAUCUCUUGCGUUCACAUAUGCCUCACCAUGUGAUCGUAUGCAUCCUGUCCGUCCUCUGCGGUCACUUUUUCACCCAGCCGUCUUCUUCUCCAUGCUUGGACAGGCUGCGAUACACCUUUUCUGCAUGGUCGCUGCCGUCAAAAUGGCAAGAGCGGCAAUGGAGGAAGACUCACCGGAAAGACUCGCAGGCUGGUCUGGGCCGUCGUUGAAGGAUGUAUCAGAGUUCUGGAAGAGAGAGAGAGCCAGACGGCGUGGUUUGAUUGAGCAGGAGGAAGAGGAGGACUGGACCACGUAUGCUUUGAAUAUGUGGCAGCAGCCGUUCUUGCCAAACCUUAUGAAUACCGUGGUGUUUUUGGUGGAGACAGCGCAGACCGUCGCCAUCCUCUUCGUGAACUACAAGGGCCAGCCGUGGAUGAAAGGAGUUAUGGAGAACCGAGCUUUGUUUCUCUCAGUGGUGGUCGUUGCUGGAAGCGUAGCUGCAGCAGCGUGGGAGUUCCAGCCGCACCUCAAUGCCUUGAUUCACUUGUCUCCUUUUCCGAAUGACCAGUUCCGCUGGCAAGUCAUGGGCCUGGUUGGCAUGACGCUCGCGGGCACCUUCAUUUGGGACAGGUUUUGUGUCUAUCUAUUUGCAAGCGAGAUCUUCAAGGCCAUGGUGGACUCUGCCAAGAAGACAACUUUUAGAGCCGACAUUGUGCCAAUCUUCUUCACGGUCUUGAAGGUCAUGGCCUGCUUCCUGGUCCUCGGUACCGGCAACUUGCUCAUGGCUGGCUUGGCCUUCUGGAUGUAUCGCCGCCAUUCGCAGGAAGCUGACGAGUAG